AUGAAGGAGAUGCUCCGGCUAGUAGGCAUGAGCGACCGGGUGUACUGGCUGAGCCACUACCUCAGCGCCUUCUUCAUGCACCUAAUUAUAGUGACGCUCAUGAUGCUGUUCGUGUGUGUCAAGAGAAAUGCCGAAGGACGAGCCUUCAUCCAGUUCAGUGACCCACUGCUGCUCUUCUGCAUCCUCAUGUGCUUCUGCAGCUCAUGCAUCAUGCACGCUACUCUGCUGUCCAUGUUCUUCGCCAAUCCUCACUCCGCUGUAGCCGGAGCCAUGCUCUACUGGACGGUCAGCUGCAUCAUGCCGUUCCUCGCGCUGGAGAACGCCGGUGGCGAGGGCUACCAGUUCAUCAGCCGCGAGCAGAAACUGGCCACGUCCAUCUUCCCCGCCAUGAGCCUGCACUGGAGCUUCCGCGUGCUCGAACGCUUCGAGAAGUUCGUGGAUUACGGUGCCAACUGGGGGAACUUCUACGACCGUAGCGCCACUCCGGACAACGUGACACUGGCCGAAAUCGUGUUCAUAGGCUUCAUGUGCGAUUGCGUCAUAGUGAUCGCCGUCUGGUAUCUAGACAACGUGAUGCCAAUUGGACCAGGGAUCGCCAGGCCUUGGCUUUACCCAUUCCAGUGCUACGAAGACAUGGUCGCUGUACAAGAUGCGAGCCUGAGGAUCUUCGAGAAUCAGAUCACGGUGCUACUUGGUCACAACGAUUCCGGCAAGACCACGCUACUGAACAUGGUCACCGGUUUCACCCAAUGCAGCACUGGCAUCAUACUGGUGGGCGGUUACGACAUCAUGACCUGCACCAGGGAUGCUCGGGAGAGCUUCGGUUACUGCACCGAGAACAACAUUCUCUUCGACGACCUGACAGUAGAGGAACAUCUGGUCUUCUUCGCCGUCCUGAAAGGCACUCCCUACGACGCGGUUCGGCUGGAAGUGGCCACUCUGUUGCACGACGCGGGCCUCACGCAGCACCGUUCAAAACUGGCCGCCAACCUUUCCCUGGGCCUGCAGCGACGCCUGUGCACUGCCUUGGCCAUCGUGUCCAAGCCAAAGGUGAUCAUCCUAGACGAACCAACGGUCAAUAUGGAUCCGGAAGGCCGACGCGAGAUGUGGGAUCUGCUGCUCAAGGUUCGUCGCAGCUGCGCGGUCUUCCUCACGACGCAGCACAUGGACGAGGCGGACGCGUUGGCUGACCGCGUGGUCAUUAUGGCAAAUGCUCGAAUUCGCUGCGCCGGUUCGCCGAUGUUCCUUAAGCAGCGUUUCGGCACGGGCUACCACUUGCUCAUCAACAAGACGUCGCCAAGGUGCGACGUGACCGCCAUUGGAGAUCUGCUGCGAAAAUAUGCUCCUAAGGUGAAGCUUCAGAGCAACUCGGACAACGAAGCCGUCUUCAUCUUGGGACAGAUUGUCGCCACGCACCUCAUAAUCACCAUGUUCAAGGACUUGGAGCAGCGCAGCGCUGACCUCGGCAUCGAAUCUCUGGGCGUAACAGUGACCUCGCUCGAAGACGUGCUCAUCCGCGUUGGCGAAGAACACCAGCGCACGGCCACAGCCAGGAAGGACGAGGAUUCUUUGAUCGAAGUCCAGGGGCCCGUGUUGAAGGUGAUGGCCACCACAGUGUCCUCGGAGCCCAGCCUCGCGAUUCGCAUGUGGGCCGUGCUGGCCAAGCGUGCCUUGUGUGUCUGGCGUCAGAAGAAGCAGCCGCUAUUCAGCUGGCUGCUGCCACCGCUGCUUCUGACGCUGCUUUUCUCCCUCGAGCAUGUAGCCUUGAUCGGCAGCGACUGGGACGUCGAACACUUGGGCGACACGCUCUUCUACACCUUUCCAGGGGUGUUGCGAAGGGGACAGAUAAAAAUCCGCUAUAUAACCGUCGCUCUGGACUUCCGCAGCACCGUGCUGUGGUACAACGGCGAGAUACAGCACUGCGCGCUGCUCGUGAUGUCGCUAUACAACGAGGCACGCCUGCGCUUCGUCAGCGGCGUGAAGGACGCCGAGCUUCGCUUCGAGGUGACGCAGCUGCACUACGGCACCACCGCCGGGCAGCAGGACGAGAACGUGAACGUCGCGAAGGCUCACCGCGAGCUUCUGCCCAAGGUGCUGCGCUCCAUCUUCCUGCCGCUGGCGUCCAGCUUGAUGUGCAGCAACUUUGUGCUACUACCCAUCACCGAGAGAGUUUUGCAGGUAAAAGACCUGCAUGCUAUAGCAGGAGUCAGGCCAUUCCUCUACUGGACUUCCAACUUCGUGUGGGAUUUCAUGUUUUAUAUGGGCACCGCCGUCUUUGUUCUGCCUCCAAUCGCAUUUUUCCAGGAGAGAACGCUGAACUACGGCUUCAUACAAUUAAUCUUUAUGAUGAAUAUACUGCAUGGAUUAGCCGCUCUGCCGUUCAUCUACAUAGGCUCCUUCUUUUUCGAGAAACCGGGUUUCGGAUUCUCUACGCUUGCCAUCUCCAUGUUUGCCAUAGCUUUGGUAGGUUGCAUGACAUCGGUGUUUAUGGAGCACUAUGCUGCGACAUUGAAGAGUUUCCCGCUGGCCGUGCUGAUCAAGACGGUGGUGCAACUCUUGCGACUCCUGCCUUCCUUCUCAUACUCCCGAGGAAUGACGAAGCUGUUGCAGCUUGCCUCUGACAACUUCAUCUGUCGCACCGGAGGUCAAGUGCUCGAGUCGGCUUGUCACGCCAAGGCCGUCGAGGCGAGACUGUCGCUGCAACGGUGCUGCGCAUACGUGACCGAGUCCCAUCCCGCUCAUUACGCAAUCGCUCCGCUGGAAUAUCACCCAUACUCUGUCUUCAACGAGGUACUCACCCUCGUCAUCGAAGGGCCGGUGCUUUUCGUCUUGCUCCUUCUCACGGACUGCUACUGGCUGCGCCGCCUCGACCAACAGUUGAGCGCGCCGGGGUCCGGCGACGACCACCCGCCACGGCCUGCUGUUCAAGGCCUCGUCGCAGGUGGAGCGGCCAUCAAGGCUGCUAAAUACGAGGACACCGAUGUGGUGAACGAGGACAAGCUGGUGAACGGUCUAAUCUACCAGCACCGGCAACCACCUCAGGGCGUCAAGCCAGCCUUGCUUGUGUGCCACCUACAAAAGGCGUAUGGCUAUACGCACACCAACGUAGUUUUGCGGGGCCUGAGCUUCACUGUGCUACCUGGCGAGUGCUUCGGUCUCCUUGGCGUCAACGGGGCGGGAAAGACUACCACGUUUAAGAUAUUGACGGGAGAAAUACUUCCGCACGACGGCGACGCGUUUAUUGGUGGAUUUUCCAUAUCUGGCGACCUUUCUCAGAUUCGUCGUGACCUGGGCUAUUGUCCGCAGCGCGGCGGACUUCUGGAUUGGCUGACAGGCGUGGAGACGUUAGUGCUCUACAUUCGACUGCGUGGCAUCUCGCCUACCAGCGAGUACCUGAACACGCUGCUUUACAUAUUUCACCUGGAUGAAAUCGGCGACCAACUCGUGGGAACCUACAGCUUCGGCAACCGGCGCAAGCUUUCCAUAUGCAUCUCGAUGAUAGGCAUGCCUAAGGUGCUGCUGCUUGAUGAGCCAUACGACAGUGUGGAGACGAGAUCACGGAAGCGAAUCGCCAACUACAUCAGCUCGCUGCAGAAUGCUGCGAAGCUCUCCAUUGUGCUCACCUCUCACAGCCUGUCGGACGUGGAGUUCUUGUGCAACCGCAUCGCCAUCCUGGACGAGGGCAAGCUACAGUGCCUGGGGUCGCUGGCGCACUUGAAGGAUAUUGGGAAAGGCUUUACCAUCACGGUGAAAACAUACCCAGACCGCCAGCAGGACAUUUCCUACCACCGAGCUGUCGAUGCCGUACGCGAGCACUUCCCCGAGGCGGAGCUCGUGCACAGCUAUGAGGGUCUGCUCGAGUUCCGAAUGUCCGGCGUGCAAAUGCUGUGGAGCGAAAUGUUCACCAGCAUGGCUCGAGUGAAGAAGCGAUUCAAGCUGCACGACUUCUACAUCACGGACACGUCGCUGGAGCAGAUCUUUCUCAGCGUGACGCGGAAAGAGGCCAGCGAGGCAGCAGCUAAGGCGGUAGAGAAAAAGGCGCAAUACAAGUCGAAGAUCUCCACUACACUGGGAAUUUGA